AUGAUGGGUGAUUUGCUCACUGGAAAAGCUGAUGUCGCUGUCGCCUCACUUACAAUCAACCAGGAGCGCGAACGAGUGGUGGACUUCUCAAAGCCGUUUAUGACCACUGGUAUUUCCAUCAUGAUCAAGAAACCGGACAAACAAGAAUUUUCAGUCUUUUCAUUCAUGCAACCGCUCAGUACUGAGAUUUGGAUGUACAUCAUUUUCGCCUAUAUUGGUGUGUCAGUAGUUAUUUUUCUGGUGUCGCGCUUCUCACCUUACGAGUGGAGGGUUGAAGAGACAGCUCGAGGCGGAUUCACAAUUUCCAACGACUUUUCAGUGUACAAUUGCCUUUGGUUCACACUGGCUGCUUUCAUGCAGCAAGGAACAGAUAUUCUACCGAGAGCCGAUCGUCGUUGUUGCCUGAAUCAACCGGCGAAUCCGACUAAGUCUGAGAGUCGUCCAAUUCUGGACGAUCGGGCGUCGUCGCGUUGGUGGUUCUUCACGAUGAUCAUCGUCUCGUCAUAUACUGCAAACCUGGCCGCUUUCCUGACGCUCGAAAAAAUGCAAGCGCCGAUUGAAAGUGUUGAAGAUCUUGCCAAACAGACAAAAAUCAAAUACGGUAUUCAGGGUGGAGGAUCGACAGCGUCGUUUUUCAAGGUGAAACCGUCGUUCAGUUCAUUUCACAUAGAGACUGACAGGAAGGAAGUUCUCAAGAACACGUCUUGCAGUACUCGUCGGUACAAAUCUACCAACGAAUGUGGCGCUACAUGGAAUCCCAAGUACCGUCAGUGUUUGUUCUCCAGCUACGCAGAGGGUAUCGAAAGAGUUCGUAGUCAUAAAGGGCGGUACGCGUUUCUUCUUGAGGCCACCGCUAAUGAGUACGAGAAUACGCGGAAGCCUUGUGACACAAUGAAAGUCGGUGCGAAUUUGAAUAGCAUCGGCUAUGGGGUGGCAACACCUUUUGGCUCCGAUUGGAAGGAUCACAUCAAUCUUGCGAUUCUCGCUUUACAAGAGAGAGGAGAGCUGAAGAAGUUGGAGAAUAAGUGGUGGUACGAUCGCGGGCAGUGUGAUCAAGGCAUCACUGUGGAUGGUUCCUCAGCCUCGCUCAACCUAUCAAAAGUGGCAGGAAUCUUCUAUAUCCUGAUGGGUGGCAUGAUAGCAUCGAUGAUAGCAGCUCUUGGCGAAUUCCUCUACAGAUCAAGAAUAGAAGCAAGAAAGGCGAACUCAAACUCACUUGUCGGCAAUUUUGCGAAGAACCUAAAAUCGGCUUUAUCGUCACAAUUGCGGCUGUCCAUCCAAGGAGGCGCCGUUGCACAGCCUGGCACUCAAUCCCACGAAGCCCUCAAACGACAGCAAGCCGCCUCAUUUCUUCCUGCAUCGAACAGCGAAGAAAAAAGUGACAACACUGCUGGGGUAGACAGAGGCAGCGUCUCAUUUGCAUACAACACUGCUGUUUAG